AUUCUUGGCAGCGCCAAUGUGCAUAAGGGAACAGCACACGGCAUCGACAGCUUCAAUUUUCACUGUGCACGGUAUGUGUACAGAAAUAAUCUAGGAGAAGCGAUAGCGAAUACAGAGACCGCAGUACUUUCCGGCUUUUCCGAACCGCGUAAUUACCCCUUGCUCCGCGAAAUGAAUUGCGGCGACAUUCUCGCUGAAUACAAUUCGGAUUACGAACUAGCACUCCGCUCCCCGCACGAUGAAGACCACCAACCGCACUUGGAAAGUGGAAAAAGCAAACAGGCGAAAGAAGAAAAAAUCGCCUUCUAUGGGAAGAAUGAGAUUGCGAUUGAGGUUCCGAAGUUUCUGAGUUUUCUGACGCAAGAGAUUUUCGACGGCAUUCUCCUUUUCCAGCUUCAAGCGCUCUGGGCCAACGUGUUCUUCGUCAAUGUGCAGGUGGCUUUCGUGUCGCUUCCAAUUUUCCUGCUCUUCGCCGUUCGGGAAGCGUUUCGGAACAUGAGGAAUCGGGAGCAGAUUCGGCAAGUCGCAAUCGCGGAAACCGCCGCGGUGUCUGUGGAACUGGUGGAGCCGAUCGGCACCAGCUGCUGUCAGCAAGGCCACGGCGGGAUGGACCACUUAGUAGAGCAAAAGCUGCAGAGGAGUUCCUGCAGAAACGUUGCAGCUGCAGAAGACACCACCAAAAUGCAGAACAAGGCCAACACUUCUUGUGUGGUUGAGAUGAACAAAGUUGAGUCUUGGAACAAGCUUGCCUCGACGUCCCCAGGCGACAACAAACUUGCAUCGCCGAGUACAAACUGCCCAACGGACCACGAUGAAGAGGAUAAACAGGAUGAUUUUGGUUUUGCUGACGAUCUUGGCAAAACCUGUAAUAAUAUGGACCUGCACGUGGUCGAGUUUGUCUCUUCGGAUAAGGGAGUUUCCUGUCAACAGCAGUGCGUAGACCACAGCGACGUAGAAUCAUCAUCGCAUGGUAAGGUGUUUUCUCAACCAAAUCAAACCGGGCCUUCCACAACCGUGGUACCCGCCGACCAACUGAUCCCGGGCGACGUGAUUGCCAUUUCCAACGGCUUAACCUUACCGUGUGACUGCGUCUUGCUCAAGGGCUACGUCGUUCUAGACGAAUCCUCUCUCACUGGCGAGGCCAUGCCAAUCCAGAAGUUCCGCCUGGACGACGGGACAAGCGAGGAGGCACUGUACUUGAAUGCAGUGGAGGACGGACGAACAGAUGAAGAGAAACUGCCAGGUGAGGGACCCGCGGGAGACCCCCGUCUCCAGGGGAGGAAACUGUUCGAGGAAACGAGCCGAGAAGACACGCUCAAGGAACCGCAAGGAAAAAUACAACAGGAAGUAGUAGAUAUGGCGAGCAGUACCGGCGAGAUUUGGCCCUCUGACGACGGAGAGGUUGACAAAAACGCAACGACAGUCGUCCAGCACGAUCUCUUCCGGGAUAGCUGCUAUUCAAUGAACGGAUCGACUUCGUCAGAAGAAGAGGCUAUAUCAAGAACGUCUUCUCCCCGUGAAGAAAUGCAGAAAAAUGAACCAGAGCGAACGAAUAAGAAGUCCGAAAGCAUACGGACUGCACCUGAUUUCCCUCCGCUGGAAAUCACGACCAAUCACGAAUUCAUUACGAAGUGGGUGCCGAACCCGAAACUCGCAAAGAAGCACUUCUUGUACGCAGGCACCAAAGUCAUGCAGGCUGGAGGUAGCGCAACUUCAACUUCCAGUGGUGCAGCAAACACCAC